AAACAAUCGCUCUCUCUCUCUCUCUUUCUCUCUCUUAUUUCAUAAUUUCAAAGAGAAAGCAAAGAGGGCGUGUUAGACUUUUUUCCAUAGAAAGCUCAAAAUUCAGGUCCAAACAGCGCAAAUUUGACGAAAUCUUCAGGAGCUUCAGUUUGAGUAAGAAUGGGAGACCAUGUGGUUUUGUGUGUUGACCAUCCCGUUACGCCUGAAAAUUUGCAAUCGCUGCAAGGGGCUGAGGCAGCCCCGGGAUCUUCUGGAGAGGGUUCUACACAAACUGCUGAUCCACCCAAUUGUGCCAUUGAUAUUGAGGGGGUUGGGGAACAUGGUGCAUCUGAAGAAGAGCCACUGAUUCAGUCGGUGGAAUGUCGCAUUUGCCAGGAGGAAGACAGCAUUAAGAAUUUGGAGAUCCCCUGUGCUUGCAGUGGUAGUUUGAAGUUUGCUCAUAGGAAAUGUGUUCAGCGUUGGUGCAAUGAGAAGGGAGAUAUUACUUGUGAGAUAUGCCAUCAGCCUUAUCAACCUGGUUAUACUGCCCCACCUCCUCCACCUCACUCUGAAGAUACUGCAAUUGAUAUAAGUGAGGGUUGGACAAUUUCUGGUGCCCCUUUGGAUUUGCAUGACCCUCGACUAUUGGCAAUGGCAGCGGCGGAACGACAUCUUUUGGAGGCCGAGUAUGAUGACUAUGCUAAUACUAGUGCUAGUGGAGCUGCAUUUUGCCGCUCUGCAGCUCUAAUUUUAAUGGCUCUUCUACUGUUGAGGCAUGCUCUAUCCCUUACCAAUGCUGAUGGUGAAGAUGAUGCUUCCACUUUUUUUUCUCUUUUCUUACUUCGGGCUGCUGGUUUUCUUCUGCCAUGUUACAUAAUGGCCUGGGCCAUCAGUAUAUUGCAGCGACGAAGGCAAAGACAGGAAGCAGCAGCACUUGCAGCCGCAGAAGUUGCUUUUAUGCUGCAGGCUGGACAACGUAGGGGCCUGCAAUUCGCCAUAGCACCAGGACCUGCAGUGACUCCCCAUCAGGAACCACUCCAAUGAUAUGGUGUUCAUAACGGUGGUAAGAUUCUGCAUUAGUGGAGCAGAAAAGCUGGAACUGGAAAUGUGAGCAUGUUGUUUAAAAUUUGCUACUGGCAGUGAGAAAAUUGGAAGGCUGUUUGAGUUGUAUCUUUAAUUGGGUAUUCUAUCACCCCCUCCCCCCUCUUUUAUUUUUUUGAAUGUUGCUAUUUCUCAAUAUUUUUGUACAUAUAUCCUGGAUCUUACUGCAGCAGUUGCUGCCUGGGAAACUUGUCAACUUAGUAGAAGAGCUGGCUUCACAGAUUAUUA